AUGGAGGAAGAGAAUAUCAUCAUGAUCAGGGGCUUCCCCGUUUCCUUUCCAAAGGGCCGCAAACCGUUCGCGCCGCAGCUGGCCCUCAUGUCCAAGCUAUUGGUGGGCGUGCAGAAAGGCGAGAACUGCCUGCUAGAGAGCCCGACAGGGACGGGGAAGACCCUGGCGUUGCUCUGCGCAGCUCUCGCGUGGCAGAGGCAGCAGAGGGAGCAAGGGGUCGCGGCGGAGACGAGCGAUUGCGAGAGCGAAGAGGAACCGAUGAUCGACUUGGGCCCGCACGAGCCCCUCCGGUCUUUCAACGACUUCCGGUACGUGGAGCCCAAGGUGCAGCAGCAAGCUCCCAUCGAGCUAGCCUACGAGGAUGCUGUCGAGCCAGGCAAGCAGGAGGAGCCGGCGGGAGACCGGACCAGCUUCUACGAUGACUAUGACGACGACGAUGACGACGUGUUCGAAAGCCCCAAGAAGAAGCGCCAAAAGAACAAAGACGUCGAAGAAGAGAUCGAUUCCCCCGAAAACAGUGAUGCUCCGCACCGCGAUUCCCACCAGGAUUCUCCGGACAGCCCCGUUCCCGACGAGCCCAAUCUCGGCAAACCUCCGUCGGAGGCGGUAACGCCCGACGACGUGAAGCCCAAAAAGCGGGGCAAAGCGGUCAAGCAGGAGGCGAGGAGGAAACGGGCGCCCCGGGUGUACUUCUGCUCGCGAACGCACUCGCAGCUGAAUCAGGUGGUGGCGGAGCUGCGGACUUGCCGGACCGCCUUUCAGGACACCUCCGCGGUGGGCAUCGGCGACGACGGGAAACCGUUUAGCAUGGCCUUGCUCGCCUCUCGCAAGAGCACGUGUAUCAACCGCGAAGCCUGCAGCGACCCCAAGGGCAUCGACGAUGCUUGCAAGCGGCUGCUGAAGGAGAAGGCUUGCACCUACUACAGGCGAGCAAAGUGGGCGCAGACCAAGCUUCCUCCUGUGUGGGACGUAGAGGAAGCUGUUCGCAUGGGACAGGAAAAUCAGGCAUGCCCCUACUACACGGCCCGAGCCUCUCUGGUCAACGCAGACUUGGUCCUUUGCCCGUACAACUACCUGGUGGACCCGGGUGUCCGCGAGAUCAUGGGGAUCAAUCUCAAGAAUGCGGUGGUGAUAUUCGACGAGGCGCACAACCUGGAAGACUCCGCGAGAGAGGCCGCCAGCGCCAAGUUGUCGUUGCGUGCUCUCGCCAAUGCGGCCGGCGAGAUGCAUCGGCUGGGGGCGAAAUCUUUGUCCCUAUCUCCCUCGUAUGACCUACUGCGGGGAGUGAUCAUCGGCGUUCAAGCCUUCCUCGAGGAAGAGGACUCGCGUCUCACCAUUGGCAGCUACGAAAAGGCGCACAAGGUCUACAAGGGAGCAGAGGCUCUCGGAUUGAUGCAGUCGAGGGCGGGGGUAACCUCAGAGUCCCUGGUGUACCUUAAGGAAGCUCUCAAGAUGGUGAUCAACGAAGACGGGAACGCAGACCCAUAUGCCAGGGACCAGGCCGACGGCGCUAGCUUCGACCAUCGGCUCGGUGGGGAUGAGGUGCUGAGCAGUGGGUCGGUACACGUGACCGCCUCGCUCGUCAAGGUCCUGGGGUUCCUGCUCACAGAAGGCAUGGAGAACGUCGACCACUACAAGAUGGUGGUGCUGAGAGAGCGAGGGCCUUGGGAGCCGGUUUCCUCGAGGGGGAGGCGAGGGAGGAACCGCCCGGGGUCGGGGUCGAUCACGGCGAUGGAGACGUACCUCUGCUUCUGGUGCCAGAGCGCCAGCACUUGUUUCUCCGAGAUCGACAAGCAAGUGCACUCCGUCGUCCUCACUUCCGGAACCCUUAGCCCGAUGAACUCCUUCGCGGGGGAGUUGGGCAUUGAAUUCCCUCACCGGCUGGAGGCGAACCACGUUAUCAACGUCAAGAAGCAGUGCCUCGUUACCAGCGUUGGGUACUUCGGCAAAGUCAGUCUGGACGCAAGGUACACGAAUCAGCACGACCUAAAGUACCAAGACGCUCUCGGCAACGCCCUCCUCCAGCACGCGCGCGUCGUCCCCGGGGGCAUCCUGGUUUUCUUCCCGAGCUACGGGUUGAUGGACAAGAUGCACGACCGAUGGGAGGUUACGGGCUUGCUGCAAGCUCUCCAAGAGAUAAAGGGGGUCUACUUGGAGCCGCGGGGGCAGGGAAAAAUCGACGGCGUGCUGGCGGAGUACUACGAGGAUAUCGCGGCCGCCAGGGAGAAUCAGUCAUCGAAGGAGAAUCAGUAUCAUUCGAGCACCCGGACUGGCGCGAUGAUGUUGGCGGUGGCCAGAGGCAAAGUGUCAGAAGGCAUCGACUUCAGUGACGAUGCGGCUCGGAUGUGCGUCAUCGUAGGGAUCCCUUAUCCGAGCUCCAAAGACCUCCAGGUGAUGCUCAAGAAGGAGUACCAGGACCAGCGCAGGACAAGGGACCCGCGGCUAGUGGGCGGGAGGGCGUGGUACAGCCUCCAAGCGUUUCGCGCGGUCAACCAGGCCGUCGGCAGGUGUAUUCGGCACAGAAGCGAUUUCGGCGCCAUUGUUCUGUGCGACCCCCGCUACGCUUCCUCGACGGAGACAACCGCCAGCCUGAGCAAGUGGGUGCGAUCUAGCGUGAGGCAGUGCAGGAGCGUGGAAGUGUCCCUCCCGCUCGUUGAGGCGUUCUUCCGGCAGCACCAACCGCAAAAAGACCAGCAUCACGCGGUACAGCCGGAGGCUUCCGCUUGUGCCGGCUCUAGCUCUGUCGGUGGCGACGGCGACGCCGGGUGUUGCGCCGGUGGUAACAACGGGACCGGCGAUUGUGGCGAGAGUCGGGGGGGCCUGGAGCACAAGCCGGAGGGUGCAGCGGAAGGGUCGCUUGACCCUGGACUCGUGCAGCAAUCGCUUUCGCAGAUGUUCAGGCAAGGCUGCGCGGCCUCCAAUCCGACCGACGACCCUGCGAACGGCGGUGCUGCGAGCCUUACCCAAGGGACCGAUGGCCGUACCGCGCUCCAACUUCUCUCUCAAGGGACGACGACGAACGUCCCUCGCGUUAACCCGACGAUCACGGCGCACGAAAAACCACACGCCGAUCCUGAGCCGAGGCGGCCAGAAGGGUCUCUGUGGUGCCGCAAGGGAGGCGCUCUGAUCUCGGGGGCUCCCCCAGCGGGGGCAGCGAGGACGGCUUGCCUGACGCGGCCACGGUGA